AUGUACAAACCAUUCAAGAAGAAUGUUGACGACCAGGUGACGUUUGAGGAUGUGGAAUACGACCCGACUAUAGAUCCUUCCAACAUGUCGCAAUACAAGCCGAAGAAUUAUAGAGUGGAGCCAAUUUAUGAGAAGAAGGCUGUCGAUGAUAAUGUUGUUGCCGGAACUCUUCCAAGUUACGAGGAGCUUUACGAGGUUACCAACGAGAAAAGCUUGACUGAGUCCGAUGAUUCUACAGAGUCUCAUAAUAGUAAGUGGAAGCUCUUGUUCAAAAUUUUGCUUGUCUGGAUCUUAGUAUCAGAAUUAGUUCACGUGCCUUUCUGCGGACAUCAUACGAAGACAGGUCAGGAGAUAACGGACACUGACGACCAACACCCUUACAAUAUGGGUAAUAUUGUUUACAAACAUAGAGGCUGUCACACAGAGAAUGUUAAGCAGGAAUAA